UUUGUCUCUUUUUAUCAAUGAUGCGGCGUUUUGGAUUUGAAACUCAGUAGCGUGGUUUUUGUGGGCUCCAUGUUACGAAAAGCGCACUAAGCCACUAUCUGACGGGCACUGCUACAGUGCAAAAAAUUUAAAGCGGGCCCAGUGGAGCGAAUACUUUUGCUCGUUUCUUUUUUUCGCUACAUUGCAUCAGCGUCAUGCCCAAGAAUAAGGGAAAAGGAGGUAAAAACAGAAGAAGAGGAAAGAACGAGAACGAAGGCGACAAACGCGAACUCGUCUUCAAAGAUGAAGGACAAGAGUAUGCGCAGGUGUUGAAGAUGCUUGGCAACGGACGUUUGGAAGCGCAAUGUUUUGAUGGCACCAAGCGACUGGGGCUCAUUCGUGGCAAAAUGCGCAAGAAAGUGUGGAUCAACCAGGGUGAUAUCAUCUUGUUGUCGUUGCGUGAAUACCAAGACGAUAAGGCUGACGUGAUUGGAAAAUACUCUCCUGAAGAAGCACGACAGUUGAAGAACUACGGUGAAUUGCCAGAUACUACCAAAAUCAACGAGGCCGAAACCUUCGGUGGAACAGAAGAGGACGAAAUUGAGUUUGAUUUCGAUAUUGAUGAGAUCUAAAGGGUAUCUCUUUGGAUUUUUGUCUUUUUCUCAGUUCUUGUUCAUCUUGUCCUUUUUUCUUGAAACUCCUGAUUCCAUGUUUCUGACUCACCUGUAUACACAAAUUGCAGCCAACUAUUUAGUUUAAUGCGGACUUCCCUUUGUACAUGUUCUUCGUAUGUUUUUGUUUUUCUUUUUUUGGGGAUUUCUCCUUUUUGUUUUUAUUCUUAUGCCCAUACAUCCUGGACGUGUGAAAAAAAAAAAAACAAAAAAACCAAAAGAAAAGAAUAAAGACACACCAAUAGAAGCAUCACAUUUAUGUG